GUGUUGUACUUGGAAAGACAUUUUUGGAGUUUUAAGUCCUUUCCUUCAGUGAGUGUUUUGUGUUCCUCUUUUUUUCGUAUUAUAGGAAGCGCGAAAAAAUGCCGGUGGCGUCCUCACGCGGCCGAUAGCUCAACGGAUGACAUAAUCACUGACAUAACGACGGCUGAAUGUUGUGUCAUUGUAUGUGUGAAGAAGCUGAUAAAAAAAAAGUUUGAGUCGAAAUGGAGCCAGCAAAAUUAAACACCAGUUUUCGCGUCAGUUGCACCAAUUGUUGCGUCGUCGGUUGUCACAACAAUUACACGAAGACGGAUAAAAGUGUCAGCUUUUAUAGAUUUCCUGCAUUACUACACGAGAAACAACGACGCACACAAUGGAUAAACGCCGUUAACAGACAAAAGUCUGAUGGCAAGAGUUGGGAACCAAAACCGUAUUCUAGAAUUUGCAGUCAGCAUUUCGUUGGAAAUAAGAAAUCAAACCACCCUCACAAUCCAGCAUUUAUCCCUACAAUAUUCCCAGAGGAUACCAUUACUGUGACAAUGGAUAGUAGUGAAAGUGAGCCACCACAAACUGAGAAAAGUCACAACAAAUUUAAAAGGAAGCAUGAUGCACUGGAUAAUGAACAAGAGCCACCUGAAAUGAUAUUAAAAAGAAGGAAAAAUGCUGAAAGAUGUAAAAGAUAUAGAGAACGGAAGAAAGCAGAGGCACUAGAGUUGGGAUUGAAUAAAGAACAAGAAAAGCCAAUUAAAUCGAAGAAAGAGCGAAGUGCUGAGAGAAGUAAAAAAUACAGAGAACUAAAAAAAAUACGACGAAUGCAGCAAUUAGCAGCGGCCAAUAAGAAGUCUCAAAUGCAGUCUUUAGUACCACAGCAUGUCCAGGUACAGCCAUCUGCAGCAUCAAUUAGACACAUUAAACUACGUCAAGAAAACACCGCCAAUUUUAUGGAAGAUAUUAUUAGCGGUGGCGAAUUGUGUGGAGAACAUAUUAAUAUCUUCCAAGAUAUAAUUGCAAGUAGAUUCGUAAAUUUCAGACCGAUCGACGUUCAUUUAAUUUCCUUGCCACAAUUUAUUCGACCAAUAUCUCAUUUACAAAAACACAUCCAAAUAAUAAGUGGUGUUUCUGGACAAAUUCAUAAAAUAACCCACUGGAUUUGCACUUAUUACGAUGGGAAUGUUCUUAAUAUAUAUGAUGGUUUAAAUAUGGGGAAUUUGUAUCCGGAAAUGGAAAUUUUUUUGAAUCAGUUAUUUCCGCACAAACCACAGCAAAAAUUUCAUAGGGUUGGACAGCAACCCAAUAAUGCAGACUGCGGAGUUUACGCUAUUGCGUUUGCUACAUCGUUACUCAACAACCGGGACCCAUCAAAAGAAAACUACCAUCAUCCAAAAAUGCGGUCUCAUUUACUGGAUAUUUAUAGCACCACCGAGCUGCUACCAUUUCCAGCUUACCAGGGUAAUGGGAUUUGUCAUCUUCCUGUUCAAGAUGAAUACAAUUUUGCCUUUCGUGACGUUUUGUCUAAAUACAAGAUGCCAACUUUGUUGUACUCUGAAAAAUUUGCCAACACGAAAUCCAACAUUGUUCAGAAAUGCCAAACCUGUCCCUACUUCACAACAUCGCCAUUUUUGAUGAUGAACCAUACAGGACGCGAUCACUCUUCAUUGGUACCUUUUAGCUGUGAAAGCAGUCUAGAAAUUUACAGCUGCGACGACUGCAAUUUCAAGACCAGUCUUACCAUCAGUUUUAAGCGACACAUUAAAAAGUGUCACCUGAAAGAUCCUUCACAUAUCAAUUAUGAAAUCAAGAGCUACAAAUGCAGACGUUGCAAGUUUGAAACCCACUUUGUAGUGACGUGGCUUCGACACACAGUGCAGUGUCAACAAAAUGCAAUACGUUGGUACCACUGCGAAAAAUGUUCGUUCAAAACGAAAUACAGUUACAAUUUGAAAAUUCACAAAAAGUACAGACAUAUACCCAUAAACGACAUCACAUGGUACAAAUGUAAAUUCUGUUCAAACCAAACUAAAACCGCACAGGGUUUAAAACAACACGUGUUAAACAAACAUUCAGGUGAUAAAGUUACGUGGUAUCAGUGUGAAAAGUGUCCGUACAAAGCUAUAUAUAAGGCUAGGGUGAAGGUCCAUAUGGUUAAACACGCUGAAGCUAGACCCAAGUGGUAUCAGUGUGAGAAGUGUGCAUACAAAAGUAAACACAGGUAUAUGGUGAGACGCCACCUAAAGCUUACGCACAAUGCAAUUGCGGCACAUUCAGAUGAUAAAAUCACGUGGUAUCAGUGUGGGAAGUGUGCAUACAAAAGUAAACUUCGGUACCAAGUGAAACGCCACCUAAAGAAUAAACACAAGGAAAUUGUGGCACCUUCAGAUGAUAAAAUCAAGUGGUAUAAGUGUGAGAAGUGUGCAUACAAAAGUAAACGUAAGUCUGAAAUGACGAACCACAUGAAGUACAAACACAGUGAAACUAAGCGACUGAAAUGUGAUCAGUGUUCAUUUGAGUCAGUUCAUUUGGGUAGUUUCAAGCGACAUGUAACGAAUAUACAUUUGUGUAACAAUGAAUAAAGUGUCAUAGUAAAAAUAAAAACAUCUAUAUCUUGGUCUAUAA